AUGAAGCGCAAGCUUGACGAACACGACCAGCCGGUUCCUGCCGCGCAGUCUGCGGAACCGGGCAAGAGCGAGACCACCAACGAGACCAACGAGACCACCUUCGCCGACUUUGGACUGGACUCCAGGCUGCUCCAAGCUGUUGGCCAACAGCUGUACCAGAAGCCCACUACAGUUCAGGCAAAGUCCAUACCCCUGAUCUUGGACGGAGGCGAUCUGCUGUGCCGAGCAAAGACUGGUUCGGGGAAGACUGCCGCCUACUUGUUGCCUGUGCUGGAAAGUAUCCUGCGGCGCAAACAGGCAUCUUCGUCUCCUUGCAUAUCAGCUCUCGUGUUAGUGCCGACGAAGGAACUCGCCGACCAAGUUCUGAAGAACAUCGAAACUCUGUCCGCCUUUUGCAAAGAUCUCCGCGCGAUCAAGCUGUCCGAAAAGCUUCCCGACUCCGUCCAACGAUCUCUCCUAUCGUCGUCCCCGGAUAUCGUCGUGGCGACACCUUCGAGAGCAUGUGUGACCCUGAAAAGCUCGGCGAUGUCACUGGACAACCUCAAGUUCCUAGUCCUUGACGAAGCGGACCUUGUCAUGUCGUACGGUUAUGAGGAUGACCUCUCCAGCAUCGCCGGAUCCGUUCCAAAAGGGGUACAGACUGUGCUCACAUCGGCUACGUUGACUCCGGAAGUGGACACAUUGAAGGGCUUGUUCUGUCGGAAUCCUACCGUGUUGAACUUGGAGGAACCUGAGGCCGAGGGAGAAGGGGUGACUCAAUACGUGGUCAAAUGCGGAGAGGACGAGAAAUUCUUGCUCAUCUGUACGUGGCCAUAUUUUUCUGUCACUGCGAAACUUGAUGCCGUUACAUACGUUCUGAUCAAAUGCCAGUUGAUCAAGGGCAAGUCCCUAGUGUUCGUGGCUGAUGUGGACAGAGCUUACCGCUUGAGACUGUUCUUCGAGCAAUUUGGCCUUCGCUCAUGUGUGCUCAAUUCCGAAUUGCCGGUGAAUAGUCGCAUCCACAUCGUUGAAGAGUUCAACCGAGGCAUAUACGACAUCAUUAUCGCCUCGGAUGAUCAAGAAGCUCUCGGGAAUGAAAAUAGUUCUUCAACUCCGGGGGACAACGAAGAGCCCGCAGAUGCCGACAAGGAACUUGGGGCUGAACCUCCUAAGGAUGCUGACAAGGCUCCACCCAAAAAGAAGCAUCGAUCUUCACGAUGCCAGGACAAAGAGUAUGGCAUAUCGAGAGGAAUAGACUUCAGAAAUGUUGCUAUGGUCCUCAACUUCGAUUGCCCCAGGACCGCCAAAUCGUACCAACAUCGCAUAGGCCGUACAGCGAGAGGAGCUGGACAGACUGGAACGGCGCUCACUUUCAUCAUCCCGAAAGAGAAAUACCGAACUCACAUACCCACCAGCGUGGAGACUGCUGAGAAUGACGAGAAAGUUCUUGCCCGAAUGACCAAGCAGCAAGUCGCGAAAGGGAAAGAGAUCAAACCGUAUAUAUUCGACAUGAAGCAAUUGGAGGCUUUCAGAUACCGAAUGAACGAUGCUCUGAGAGCUGUGACGAAGGUCUCCAUCAGAGAAGCCCGGACUCGGGAAAUUCGUCAAGAAUUACUGAAGAGUGAAAAGCUCAAACGUCACUUUGAGGAACGACCCAUGGAACUGCAUCACCUGCGCCAUGAUCAGGAACUCAGAGCUGCGCGGACGCAGGCCCACCUUCGCCACGUUCCCGACUAUCUACUGCCCACGGAUGGCAAGAAAGCACUCACUUCCACUAACAUUGGAUUUGUGCCAAUGAAGAAGGUUGUCGACGGUAAGAACCGAAAAGGAAGAGGGUUCAAGGGCAAAGGCAAACGAAGCGGUGACCGCAAAAGUGACCCCUUGAGAUCAUUCAAGGCAAGGCCUAAGAGGAAGUAG